GUUCAAUAACGUUCUGUCACUUAACCUAUAAGAUUGUUAACUUGAAUGGCUCGAAAUAAAUAUUGCUUCGAGGCCUGAUUUUUAUCAACGAAAAUGAAUAACAUCGAAAUUGAAGAUUUUUAUCAUCACGACUUCACGACUGCUACAGAAUGGGAGGUCUUUAUUGCACGUUUAGAAGAAAUUAUGCAUGAGUGGAAAAUAUCUGAUAAAAGAAAUGGUCCAUCUUUGAAAUCUGGCGAUUUUGUUAAUUCUCAAUGGAAAAACAAUACGGAGAAAGUUCAUUUUGCAGAUGUUGAAUUUACAUUUAAGCAUUUUAGACUUGUAAUAGAGAAUGUUGAAACUAUGAAAAGUUCAUUGGAAGAUGAGGACGACGAAAAAACUGAAUGUCAGAAGGAUAUAUUCAAUUCUUUUAAUGAUUUUGCUCGUAUAGAUCAAGAACAUUUAGAAAUAGCACCUUAUUUUGGAAUCAGAGAGUUUCUUGUUUUGGUGCCAGGAAAAAGAAAUCCUAUAAUAGAGGAGACACGUAUGAAGAUUUUAUUAAGUUCUAUUACAAUUGCUGCUAAUAAUACAAAUUGCGAAGUACCUAUCUUUGUACAGGUACAAGAAUCAUGGCAAAAACUGUAUCUUGGUACAAGCGUAGGUAGAGGCAGCUCCGUUAAUUUCGAGAUGGUACAUCUGAAAAAAAUACCACCUCAUUGUAAAUAUCUUACUGGUUUGCUUGCUGUAUUCAAACAAAAAAUCACAGAAGGCUAUGGAGUGAAGUUAAAUCCAGUAUUAGUUUCAGUGAGAUUUUCGUAUUUACUAAGGGAUUGGACAUGCAGUACUUGGACACAGCAACCUCCAGAUUUUGAUUUUAUGCAAGGAGAGACACUUGGAGUAGCAGAAUUAGGAAAGCUUCCAUUUGGAGCAACUUUUGAUCCUGUUGGGGAACUUCAUCUAUAUACCACAUGGCCGCAAAUGUCAGAGCACGUCGUAGUAGACAGUGAAGGAUUCACUGAUUUAGAACCACAGUUAGCACCAGAGUGGUCAGUUCAAGUAACAAUGGUAGCUUCUCCGGCUUGUUUACUUGGAGAUUAUUUAACAGAUUUUCUACAUUUAUGUAAUGAUCAGAGAGCUAUGGUUGACUUGCUAGGUGAGAAUGCCAUGUUUCUCGCCGAUGAUGAGAACAAUUUGAGUGCUGCAUUUAAUAUAUUAAGUGAAUCAAGAAUUCCUACAAUUUCUUCUGUCAUUGGUAAAGGAAACACGAAAAAACCAAAGAACGUGGAAGGUCCAAUUACUGAAGAAAUAUUGAUGCCUAUAUUGUAUUUUCUUUUUCCCGAUACUGAAGAUAAUCCUAAAACACCGUACGGUGAUAUGAGCAUAUAUUACGAGGAGGAACAGUGGAAAGGAGUAAAGACAUGUAUAAUUGACAGUUUAGUAUGGCGUCUUGCAGUUGUAGCUUCACAUUGCACACAUAAUCUAGGUGGAGCCACAGCAUUAGCUCAACUUUGGCACGAGUUCGUUCAGGAAAUUAGAUUUCGUAGAGAAUCGGAUAUUCUUAUACCAGGUAUCGCUCCUGGUUUCCCAGACUCCGUUAGAACCUGUUUGUUACAUCAAAAAUUACAGAUGAUGAAUUGUUGUAUUGAAAGAAAAAAAUCUAGAGAAGAUUCGAUAAAUAGAUCUCAGAGUGUAGAAUACGAAGACUUUGAAACAGAAUCAGAAGAAGAAGAAUUUUUUGAAUGUACAAGUGAAGUAGAAUCAGAAAAUGUAGGAACAAAUGCCCAAAUAAAAGCAAAACAUUUGCUAUGGAACAAACCAGCUGGAAGAUUAACAAAACAUCCUUCUUUAAGAUUAUUACAAACAGGAGAUCCCCUUUAUUUACCUGUAACGCAAGAACCUGUUCCAAAAACGGAAGACCAAUUGGAAGAAGACGCUCAAGUAAUGAUGCAGCUGGGAACCGACAAAUAUGCGUCGGAAAUGCGAGCUCGUAUGAUGAGCGCCUCGUUGCUUUCCGACAUGGAAUCUUUUAAGGCAGCAAAUCCAGGUGCAAUAUUAGAAGACUUCAUUAGAUGGUAUUCUCCUCGAGAUUGGAUAGAAGAUAAAGGAACCAAUGAAUGGGGUCAACCAAAUGGUCAUCUCUCACCAAGAAUGUUAAUUCCUGAGAAUGCAUGGUCAACAACUUGGGCAUCGGCUCAACCAGUACCAGCCCAUCGUCAAAAACGAUUAUUCGAUGAUACAAGAGAAGCCGAAAAAGUUCUUCACUUUCUAAGCUCAAGAAAACUCGGUCAGGUCGCACGACUUCUUUUACCGUCCUUAACGCAUGCUGCGCUUUAUACUUUAAAUUUACAAAAGCAAGAGGCUUUACCAAAUUUGCCAGAUGUUGCACAGAGUAUAUUAAAUAAAUUGCAAUACGUUACAAAACCACUACAUCAGAAAUUACAGCUCUACGAAGAAAUAACACGUGAUAUAGAAGGUGUAGAAGCUUUAGUCGCACAGGUCAACUCAUUGCAAUUGAAAUUAGGUGGAAGUGACGAUUCUAAAGAGUUUACAACAUUUUUGAUAGAAUUAAUGAGAGGAAAGGAAGUAUUUGUGCCAGAUGGACCUAGAGGAAACAUUGGCGCUCGUAUAAUGUCAAUGUUUCGAGAUGCUCAGAAAGCCGUACAUAUGAUGACCUCUGUAGGUACGAGUCAUGAAGGAGAUACAAGUGGAGAUAGUAAAUACAAAUCAUUCCCAGAACCAUCCUGGAAGGAAUUUAUAUUACGGGCAAUAACGACAAGACCUUCAGUGGCUUUAACAUCACAGCCACAAAGGAUGUAUGCGUGCCUUAAUCGAGAUUCCAUUCGUCUGGCUGGUUCAUUCUCUGAAGAUACUGUAUUUCUAUAGUCCAUAAUUGAGGUAAUUUAAUUAUAGGAUUUGAUAUAUUAUUUAAAUAUAGAUUGUAUACAAUUUUUCUAAUGUUUACUGUAUGUUAUAUGUUUUUUUUACAAUAAUGAAUCUUAUUUCUUUACAUUUUAGAUACAUUCUUUUAUAUAUAGUUUUAGGAAAGAUGAAGUUGUGAUAUAUGAUGUACUAUAGCUAUGUGAUGUAAACUGUUAGUAUACAACGAGUUUGUUGCAAUAUUUUUUGUAAAGUUUAUAUUUGUUACUUUUUAUACAAAUUUCCAGCUGUCUAAUGAAUCAUAAGUCUUUCUUUUUUUUUAUUAUUAUUUAAAAAAUAAUAUAAUAGAUACUAUGUACACACACACACACACACACACACACACACACACACACACACACACACACACACA